AUGAAUUAAGUCGAGAAUUUGCUUAAACCAUCCUUAAUUAACAAAAAAUCUUAGCCUUUGGAUAAUACCAAGAAUACAGACUUUUUUAAUUAAUGGGAAUAGUAAUUAUUGCAAAAAGAAACACAAUUAAUAUAAAAAGAAAGGAAGUUGAAAGAUAAAGAGAAUUAAUUGGCUUAAAAGGAGGAUAUAUUAGUUAAAAAGGAAUUAAACUUAAAUUAGAGAAUGAUGAAAUAUUCAACUAUUUUAGAAUAGAUUAUAGCUUAGAAGUAGACUAAAUCAGAGAACUCACUAUUGCCAUUAAACUCAAAUGAUAAAUCCCAUAGAAAUAACAAUAUCAAUCAAUAUUAGAAUCGAGUGAUUAAUCUAUUAAACACUAUAAGAAGCAAUAGUUAAUAGUAGCAACAAUUGAUCCAUUAGUAAUCCUAUAUGGGAAGCACUUUAGAAUUGGCUGAUGAUAGAUUCAAUAAGAGUACGAAAGUCUUUUAACUGAUGUGA